UGUCUAUUAAAUUAAUGAAUUAAUAAUGACGUCUAGUGAAUAACGCAAUUUUUAUUGUAAGCAAUGAAGCAGGUAUAAAUGUCCUAAGUUAGCCGUGAGAUCUUCACAGUUGUGUCUAGGAACCUAGAGAUUGCAAGGGGAUUUAUCUAAUCUUGAAAAUGAAGUUAGCACUUGUCUUGGUUCUUAGCUGCCUUGCCUUAGCUUGGGCGAAACCUUCAACAUACACUGACAAGUAUGACAAUGUCAACGUGGAUGAAGUGCUGGAAUCCGAUCGCCUAUUGAAAGGGUAUGUUGAAUGUCUUAUGGAGAGAAGCAGGUGUCCACCAGACGCGAAGACCUUGAAGGAAACUCUUCCAGAUGCUUUGGAAAACGAAUGUAAGAAAUGUACAGCGAAACAAAAGACUAACGCCGACAAAGUCGUAAGGCACUUGGUGAACAAGCGUCCGGAGCUGUGGAAGGAAUUGGCCUCAAAAUACGACCCAAAAGACCAGUACCAACAGCGGUACAAGGACAAGAUUGACGCUGUCAAAGAAACAUAAAUGUGGUGGUUGAAUGUAUUCAGUUAUUUUUUUUUGUUUCAUAUAAAAAUUUGUCUUCAGUCGAGUAUGUAUAAAAAAAAUAUUCCAAAUAUAUUUGUUUAAGUUUAA